AAAAAAAAAAAAAAAAAAAGGCAAUUAUUUGAAACCACAGGGAAAUAAGUGAUUGCACAGUCAUGCCUCUAUCAGUAAAUAAUAAAAGUCAAGUGACCAAAAAAACAAUCAUGGCCAACAAUGAUUUGCCACGAAACAAAAAAAUCUUCUAAUCCUCUACAAAAUUGAAUUAAAAAAUACGUAUUUCGACACAAAAUUGUCAGGCUUUGGGACAUCAUAAAUGAUCUAACAACAAAAAUAUUUUGGUGGCAACACAGGCAGAAGAUUAUUUGUUUGGCCUUUUACUGUGUAAUAUGUUAUGGGUGAACUGUUUCCCCCCUUCAAUACAUCACAGCUUCUCUUCUCCUGGCCUGUUAAGAGAGCGGAUUCAUCGGAAUUACCAGUAAAUGACAGUGCUAACUAAAUGCAUAUCUGUGGGGGUGUGGGGACCUUGAGGAGCUUUUCACAGUGUGUGUGCACGUGCAAGGAUACAAUAUGCAGGUGUGUGUUCGUGGGAGUGAUGCAUGCAGACGUGGGAAACUCCUCUCACAUUCCCAGGAUUGAUAAUUCCCUCCCUGCUUGGACACAAUGGGCUCAGAGUGACCAUGGUCCUGCAACAGCGGUGGCUGCUUUUGGCUGUGGGUGAGUAAAGAAAAUGCUCAAUUUUUAAAAAGUUAUUAGACAUAGUAAGUUAUGCUUCUUUUCAGGACAGAUGUUUGAUAAAUUAUUGUUUUCUAAUUUGCAAUUUGAUUGCUGUUUGUAGUCGUGUUGCUGAAGCAUUGUACUGAAUUACUCCCAUACCGAAGAUGUAAAAAUCAUAGACUGUUUAAUAAAGAAGUCUUUAUUCUACAGUUUAUGGUAAAAACUGUAAGGCUUUUAUGAGGUAUUCAUAUUCCUGCCCAAAUAGUAGAAAUGAGGCCUUAGAAUGCUGCAUUUUUCCAAGAUUUCAUGAGUAUUAAAUCUGCCCACAGUGUAACUCACCUUAUCAAUAAUUUGGUAAUAUUUUAGCAAAUGUUUUUUUUUUUUUAAUUUUCUGUGUUUUUUUUAGCAUCUUUGAUUUGAUUUAUUGCUUGGCUACAUAGGUCAGUAAAUAAAUGCAUGAAUUUAUGCUUAAGAACUGGGGCUGCCACCAGAAUAUGCUCUGUAACUAAACUACUGCGUUGAUGAGAUUCUUUCAUGGAUUGUAUAUGACUGAGUCUUCUAAUUUACUAUUAUUUACUAUAUACUCUUGGGUAGUGUAAGCAUUAAAUCUAUGUUUAGUUGUGUUUAUAAGUCAUGAUACAAAAAUCACUAUUCAGAAACUCAUAAUAGAACAUUUAUCAAUAUUGGCUAAGUUAACAAGGAUUGUUAUCAUACAGAUAUUCGUCUUUCUUCCUCUUCCCAGAAUGCAUCUGUAUAUGCAUUUCCAGCCAGUCUUCAUUACGGAAGUGUGUUUUUCAAGUGAUGUCACAGAACUACGACAAAUACACCACUGCUGGAAAUGUGAAUGGAUCGGUGCAGGUCUGCGAGAACACCCAGUGCUGUGUGGGAUGUUACCUGAUCGUAAACGGCCAGCCAAAGGUUGAUGUUCUUGCUUGUGAUAUGGUUGAAAAGUCCUGCCCAAGUGCAACCUGUGAAGCACAAUCACGCUUCAACAAUCGCUUCCUGAAGUGUGUGUGCAACACAGACUUCUGCAAUGGGAACAUUACUUGGACCCCAGAGUCAGAAGAGCCUCCGCACACCUACUCUUAUUCUGCAGGUGAAAUCUUGAAAAUGGCUGUACCUCUGGCUGUGAUUUUACUCGUCAUGUUUGUUGUGAUUAUUGCUGCUAAAAGGAGAAACAUUUUCAAAGAGAAAAAAGAGAAUCUACAAUCCUCCUCUGAUGACUACAGUUUAUCAUCACCGUGCUCCUGUCAAACAGUAAAAUCCCCUGAGAUUGACUUUUCUCACAUUGAGCUACAGCAGAUUGUGGGCCAAGGACAUUUUGCAACUGUUUUUCAAGGGAAGUACAAGGGAUCUGUGGUGGCUGUGAAAGUUUUACCUCCAGACUGGAAAGUUAAAUUUACCACAGAGAAAGAGAUUUUUGAGCUACCGCUGAUGACGCAUGCUGGGAUUGUCCACUUCCUGGGCACUGGGAGGAAACCAGACGAUAACAGCUGCUUCAUUGUGCUGCAGUUUGCUGAAUAUGGUUCUCUCCAUUCCUUUCUGUGUAAACACACCACCAGCUGGAUGUCAUCACUGAAGUUAUGCCAUUCUUUAUCACAGGGGCUUUCCUAUCUUCACUCUGACCUUCACAGCAACGAUGGCCAUAAGCCCCCUGUGGCCCACAGUGACCUCAGCAGCUCCAACGUGCUGGUGAGAGCAGAUGGUACCUGUGUCCUGUGUGACUUUGGAUGCUCCACCAUCUUACGAUCUCGGUCAGAGCAUCGCUGUUGCCAGAGCCACACCACAAACAUGGAGGGCCAUGCUCAGCUGGGCACGCUACAUUAUAUGUCGCCUGAGAUCCUUGAAGGUUCCGUAAACCUGAACAGCAGCAGGUUCCUCAUGCAGGCGGACGUCUAUGCUUUAGGACUGCUGCUGUGGGAGAUCUGGAUGCGCUGCUCUGAUUUAUUUGAAGGCGGUAUUGUUCCACAGCAUCUGGUGCCGUAUGAAUUAGAGCUGGGAGCCAAUGUCACACUGGAGAGCCUCAUCUCCUACGUGUCUCACAAGGACAAGAGACCUUCCAUACCCAAACAUUGGGAACUGCUGCCACAGGGAUCUGCAUUGGAGGAGCUCUUGGCAGACUCCUGGGAUUGUGAGCCAGAUGCCCGACUGACGGCUCACUGCGUCGUGGACAGAUUGGUCUCGCUUCAGUCUUCUUAUUCCCUAUGAUUUUGUUUGUCUUGUUUUCAGAUUGGCUUGUUGAAUGUAAAUACAAGUAUUUGCAUUGUUCUCUUUGUGUCACCAGUGUAUAGUUUUUCAAUAGAUUUUUAGUAUAUUGUUGUGUAAAGGAUGAGUAUGGCUAAAAAAAAGCUUGUUAAACAGUUUGAUAGAUCUAAAUAUGUUUUAUGUUAACAUAGAUGAAGUUUAGCUGACAAGUUGCAUGUGUUUAAUUAUUAUUAUUAGGAAAAUUGAGGAUUUCUGUGCUUUCAGUAUAAAACUGAGACACUGCAGAAGGUGGAAGACUUUUAUUUGAAGUGCCUUUUGAAUACUUUGCUAUAAAGAUUUUGUUCCUAUUUUGUUAAAGCUUAAAUAAAACCAAAUUGUGUGCUCUACAA